AUGUGCUAUUUUGGAGUUUCUGGACAGAUUACAGCCACUAUGACCAAGAAAAAUACUUUUGUUGGAACACCAUUUUGGAUGGCACCUGAAGUAAUAAAGCAAUCUGGAUAUAAUUCUAAAGCAGAUAUUUGGUCAUUGGGUAUAACUGCUAUUGAACUUGCCAAAGGAGAACCACCAUAUGCUGAUUUACACCCAAUGAAAGUUCUUUUCCUUAUCCCUAAAAAUCCACCACCAAGUCUAGAUGGGAUAUAUUCUAAAACAUUUAAGGAGUUUGUGGCUGCAUGUUUGGACAAAGAUCCAAAAAAUCGACUGUCUGCAAAAGAAUUGCUCAAAAACAAAUUUAUUCGUAAUGCCAAAAAAACUUCAUAUUUAACAGAAUUAAUUGAACGAUAUCAACGAUGGUUGGUGGAGAGAGGUCAUGAUGAUACAGAUGAAGUGACACAUAAUGAAAAUGGACAUGAUUCUUAUGAAGAACCAUCUUGGGAAUUUGAGACUGUUAAACAUGCAAGACCAGUUUCACUAACAUCAUAUAAUGAAGAGGAUGAUUAUUCAGAAGACAAUGCCACAAUUGAACCACCAGUAUCAGUAUCGGGUCCAGAGGUUUUCACUAAAGUUAUUGUUCCAUCUAUUGACAAGUUGCGUAAAACUGCACCAUCUCAAAAGGCUCGGUUAACUUUGGAUGGAUUAAGGAUUGCUUUUGAGGAUGCUGAAAAAGAAAAUCCUGGCAUAUCAGAAAUAUUUAUGAAUGCUGUUUUUCAAAGAUUUGAUGAAGUUAAUAUCUAA